AUGAUUGUUAAUGUUACUGUUGUCGAUGCUAACGAUAACCGUCCAACUUUUAAUCAAAGCCAAUAUAAUGGUCAAGUUGUGGAAAAUGCUACCAUCGGUACCGUUGUUCUACGCGUCUAUGCUAGCGAUCGCGACGCUGGCAACAAUGCUAAAAUUCUAUAUAGUAUAAUAAGUCAACCAUCUAGUCAAGCAUUUAGUAUCAAUUCAACAACUGGUCAAAUUCAAGUUCAACGACAAUUAGAUUAUGAAAGCCGUUCAUCGUAUGGCUUAACUAUUGGUGCUAAUAAUCCCGGUGAUAGUCCAACCACAAGCUUUGCAACAAUUCAACCAACGUUGUCGACAAGUAAAGUUGCAACCAUCCAUGUCCAAGAUGCAAAUGAUAAUUCACCUGUUUUUAAUCCAAACGUUUAUUCUACCAGUAUCAAUGAAUCCGUGCCUAUUGGUACGAAAGUAGUGACUGUGAAAGCAAAUGAUCGUGAUCAAGGUGCUAAUGCUCAAAUUACUUAUUCCAUUGUCACUAGCGCUUACUCUAAUUGGUUUGCUAUCAAUUCUACUACCGGUAUGAUUAAAACAGUUGAUCAAUUGGACUAUGAUGUUACUAAAAAGGUUGAUUUAAUCAUUCAAGCUAGCGAUGGACUCUACACUAGUACCUGCAAUGUCAACAUAACCAUUUUAGAUGCCAAUGAUAAUCCGCCAUACUUUCGAUUUCAAUCGUAUUCAGGCAACGUCGACGAGAAUGCAGCCAUUGGUACACCUGUUAUUACUGUCCAAGCUAUCGAUCCUGACACUGUUGACAACCAAGUCACUUAUUCUAUGAGCCAACUUCAAGGCAGCUCAGUAUUUACUGUCGAACGUAAGAUUAACCAUACACAAAUAAACUACACUGUAUUAUUGGUUCAAGCAAUCGAUAAUGGUAACUUGCAAUCCAAUCAGUCUGCCAAUGUUAGCAUUAGUAUUGUAGGUCCAUAUGAACAACCGCCUGUAUUUGAUUAUCCGUUAUAUAAUUUUACAAUCACGGAAAAUCAACCAAUCGGUAGUAUUGUUGGUAUUGUCAGUGCAAAAACUAGUGAACAAGGUACCACUGGCCAAAUACGAUAUUCGAUUAGCCAAGGCGAUCCACAACACUUACUUCAGAUUAAUCAAACUGGCUAUAUUACAACACAGAAAGCAAUCGAUCGUGAAACAGUAUCUCAAUUGACACUAACAAUUAAUGCCAAAGAUAGUGGAUUACCACCACUUGUUGGACAAACACAAGCGCAAGUUCAAGUCAAUGAUAUCAAUGAUAACUAUCCACAAUUUGACAAAUCAAAUCAAGCUAUUCAACUAUUCGAGAAUACGACAAUCGGUACUGUUAUAUAUCAGGCUAUCGCUCAUGACAAAGAUUCUGGCCAAAAUGGUCAAAUUACCUAUGGUAUAGUCGAGAAUUUUUUCAAUUCUUUUGCUAUUGAUAGUCGAAAUGGUAAUAUUACCUUAAUGCAGUCGUUAGAUCGUGAAUUGGUGAAUAUUAUAACACUCAAUAUUACUGCCACUGAUCGUAGCCAAGAUAAAUUUCUAUCGUGGAUGUUAUUAACGAUUCAAAUUUUAGAUAAUAAUGAUAAUGCUCCACAGUUUAAACAAUCACACGUUAGUGUCAAUAUUAGCGAAGCAAGUACCGCCGGUACAUUAGUUUAUCAAGUAAAAGCGACUGAUCCUGACGCUGGUACAAAUAGCCAGUUAUCAUACUCAUUUGUUAAUGUAACACAAAAUAAUCAUUUCGAUAUUAAUACUACCACUGGCAGAAUUACCAUCAAAAAAUCGUUAGAUUAUGAAAAUCGAUCUUCGUAUACACUUUUCGUUAAAACUCAAGAUGCUGGCCAUCCUCCACGACAAGCAAUCUUAACGUUAGAUAUACAUGUCUUGGAUGAAAACGAUCAUAGCCCUCAAUUUCAACAAAUAAGUUAUAAUUUUGGCGUUAGUCAAGGCCAACCGAUUGGCACAUGGGUCGGACAUGUUGAUGCUCGUGAUGAUGAUACUGGUCUCAAUGCUCAACUUACGUAUCAAUUUUUGCAAGCUAGCGCACCUGGUAGCUCCACUAAUUUUUCCAUCAAUCCAGUAACCGGUAUCAUUACAACUAAGACAUUACUUGAUCGUACUGUACAAUCAAUUUUUAAUUUAACCGUAAUAGCACGAGAUCAAGGAAUUACUCCUCGUAAUGCAACCACAGAAGUUAUCAUUAAUGUUGGCGAGGUUAACAAUUAUCUACCAGUGUUUGCAAAGCAUAAUUAUCCUGUCAGUAUUGUUGAAAAUGUCGAAAUUGGAACAUUGAUUGUACAAGUUCAAGCAAGUGACAAAGAUAUCGGUAAAAGCGGAUCAAUUGUUUAUGCCAUUCUUGACGGCAAUCCGAAUAACGCAUUUAUAAUUAAUGCAACUACUGGAAGAAUUACUACCCAUGGUCCGUUAGAUGCUGAGAAACGGCAAUAUUAUAGACUUAAUGUGACUGCAACCGAUGAAGGCGCAACCGCUAAAAUGGAUUGGUGUACUGUUCAAGUAAAUGUUACCGAUGUGGAUGAUAAUAUUCCUACCUUUACAAAGCAAGAAAUUACUAUUGCAAUUAAGGAAAAUAUCCCAUUAAAUACUACCAUUGUUACAGUUAAAGCUACUGAUGCUGACGUUAGUGCUAGUAAGAUUUCUUAUUUGAUUCAAAGUGGCAAUGUUGGGAAUACAUUUAUGAUUGACCGGGAGAACGGAAAGAUCAUCAAUCUUAAGCCAUUAAAUUAUGAAUUAAUUCAACGUUAUACUCUGCUAGUUGAGGCUACAAAUCACGUUCGAGGUCAUGCUAUUAAAAAUACAAGACCUGAUGUAGUAGAAGUUACCAUACAAAUUAUCAAUGUCAACGAUAAUGCUCCAGCAUUUGAUCGAAGUGCUUACUACUUUGGUAUAACCGAAAAUUCUCCUUUAGGUUCUAAAGUCAAUUGCGUUAAUGCCAGUGAUAAAGAUUUAGGCCAAAAUGGUAAAGUUCGCUAUGGUAUAGUUAAUGUUUUACCAGUUACCGGCCAUUUCAUCAUGAAUGCUACUACUGGUUGCAUUUAUACUGCUGCUGCUAUUGAUCAUGAAAAUGUUUACAAGUAUGACCUUAUUGCGAGUGCUACUGAUCAAGCAGUCAAUAUUUCUGAAAGGAAAACUAGCUUAGUUAAUGUUGUAAUAUGGGUAGCUGAUCAAAAUGAUAAUGCGCCACGAUUUAUCGGCACAAGUCAUAUUCAAGCUGUCAACGAAGACGAAAGUGUUGGUACAACUAUUGCACAAAUUAUAGCUGUCGAUGAUGAUUCACGUCAAAAUAACAACAUCGAAUAUCACAUCGUAGAAGGCGAUAAUGAGGGUAAAUUUGCUCUUGACGUUGAUAAUGGUGUAUUAUCCAUUGCUUCCAAAUUAGAUUAUGAACGUAAGAAGCAAUAUGCACUUAAUAUUUCGGCUACCGACAAAGGUAUUCCAAGGAGAUCCUCUUACAUGAAAUUAACAGUUUACGUUGUUGAUGUCAAUGAUCAUGCACCUACCUUUAAUAAAACAAUCUAUACAGCAUCUAUUAACGAGAAUGUUCCAUUAAAUACAUUUAUUGCAAGCGUAGCUGCUUAUGAUCGAGAUACUGGUAAAUAUGGUAAAAUUACUUACAGUAUACCAUCCGGUAUUGCUAAUGAUACAUUCAAGAUCGAUAGUCAGGCUGGUCGUAUUACAACUGCAAAAUAUUUGGAUCGUGAACAACAUCCACAAUACAUUUUGACUGUUGAUGCUCAUGAUAAUGCAUUACCGUCGAAAUAUAGCUCAACACAAGUUGUUAUCACAGUCUUAGAUAUUAAUGAUAAUCCACCGCAAUUCAGCAAUCAAAGCCAUACUUUUUAUAUUCCUGAAAAUUUUCCACCCACAAAAGUGGAUCGUAUUAUCGCCGUCGAUAAGGAUAAAGAUAGCAAUAGUCGAAUUACGUAUAGUAUCGUAUCUGGUAAUGUGGAUAACAGUUUUUUAAUCAAUCCUCAAACUGGCGAGUUGUCAACAACUAAAUCUUUAAAUCGUGAACGUAUCGCUCAGUAUCAAUUAACUGUCAUGGCUAAAGAUAACGGUAGUCCAUCUCUAAAUUCUACAACCAAAGUUACUGUUAUUGUUACUGAUCAAAAUGACCAUGAUCCUAAAUUUAAUCAGACAAGAUACAGCGCAUCUAUUGCUGAAUCCGUAGCCAUAAAUACAACGGUUACCACUGUCUACGCUACCGAUGCCGAUAGUGGACCAAACCAAAUUAUACGUUAUUCAAUUAUUGGUACCGAUAAUGUCCAUAAAGCAUUUACCAUUAAUCCUGUUACUGGGCGCAUUGCAACCGCUGCAAGAUUAGAUCGAGAAACUAUAGCAAGCUAUAAUUUUCUGGUCAAUGCUAGCGAUAUGUCACCAUUUGGAAUUCGAACAGCAAUAGUUAGUGUUGAUGUCAGAGUUACUGAUAUUAACGACGUUAUACCUACCUUUACUCAAGUUCCUUAUGUGGUUAACAUUUCGUCAUCAACUAGCCCACAAACUUCCAUUAUAAGCGUACAGGCAAUUGACAAUGAUUUUGGUUCGAAUGGUCAAAUUAGUUACUCAUUUGAUGUAUCAACUUCAAGAUUUUCAAUUAAUUCAUCCACUGGAGUUAUUAAAACUAUUGCUUCACUUGGUGAUAGGCCUAAUUAUCGAUAUACGUUAAGAUUAAUUGCAACCGAUCACGGUAAUCCUGCACUACGUGGUACAGGCUACGUUGAAGUUAAUGUUGGCAAUUUUGCACUUAACAAACCACAAUUUAAUCCCAACGUUAUAAGCACAACUGUACCAGAAAAUUCUCCAAGCAGUACUUUUAUCACUAAAGUUCAAACUAGUAAUGUGAACAGCAAUAGCGUAACGUAUAGUAUUACUAGUGGCAAUACUGGUAAUGCGUUUGCAAUUAAUGCUAUUACAGGGGAUGUUACGGUUGCUGAUAGCAAGCAACUUGAUUAUGAAAUUAACAAAUCUUUUAAUUUAAUUAUUGUGGCUAGUAUUAAUUCGCCAUCCAUUGUUAAUGGGUAUCUAACCUUGCAAAUUAAUUUAACCGAUGUUAACGAUAAUCGGCCACGAUUUAAGCAUGAGUAUUAUCAUUUAACUAUCGAUGAAUCUACACGAGCCGGUAUGGCUAUUUAUCCGAUAGUCGCCACUGAUCGUGAUUCUAAUGAAUUUGCUUUAAUCCGUUACGAGAUCGUUGCUGGGAAUUUAGGUCAGACGUUUGGCAUUUCUGAACGUAGUGGCCAGUUAUAUACGAUGAAAAAUUUAGAUUACGAAAAAUAUCCAUCGUUCGAUUUAAUUGUAAAAGCUUAUGACUAUAACGAUACAACGCUCUACAGUACCUGUUCAGUUAGGAUUUCCGUGAUUGAUAUGAAUGAUAGUCCACCAUUAUUUCAUUAUGUUCCACCAGUCAACAUCUCUGAAAAUACACAAGUUGGAACUAUUAUUACCCUUGUCACAGCGUCGGACUCUGAUGUACGAUCCAAUAUAACUUAUAGCUUUAAGCCGAAUGGCAAUGGUAAUGAUACGUUUAGCAUCGAUUCAUUUCGCGGCUUAAUAACUUUAGCCAGACGCUUAGAUUACGAAAGAAUUACCAGCUAUGAACUUAUUGUACAAGCAACGGAUCAAAUACAGAAAGCGCAAACAAUACUCAUUGUUAAUGUUUUGGAUUACAAUGAUAAUGCACCAGUGUUUGAUAAACCAACUUAUGAAGCAACUUUACAAGAAUUUUCACCACCUCAUCAGCCUGUUGUAACUGUCCAUGCUACCGAUCAAGAUUCUGGUGACAAUAGCAGAAUAGUUUACUCCAUUGAAAUCACGUCUACAAAUCAAUUUUAUAUUAAUUCAACAACAGGAACGAUUUAUACCGAUCGAACUAUUGAAUAUAAUCCUAACAUGCCAAUCAUCCAAUUAGUAAUUACAGCACGUGAUAAUGGCUUUCCUCAAUUAAUUGCAUUAGUGCCUGUUCGUAUACAAAUUACUGAUGUCAAUGAUAAAGCACCUGUGUUUGAUAAAAAUAAAUACAUACAACAUGUACCAGAAAAUGUACCUAUUGGAACUGAAAUAUUACAAGUUCAUGCUACUGAUCUAGAUCGUUCACGGCGUAAUUCUAUUAUCACAUAUAGCAUUAUUUCUGGUAAUAAUUAUGGAUUAUUUGAAAUGAAUAAUAUAUCAGGUAUAAUUAAAAAUAUAAAACGGUUAAAUGUUAACGGUCAAAACGACCGCUUAUUUGUACUAACCUUACAAGCACGAGAUCAAGGUACAGUACCACAAUCAGGUUAUGUUACAGCUGAAAUUUAUUUGGAUGACGCAAAUAGCCACGCUCCAAAAUUUAAUGUUAGCCAAUAUCAAGCACUGGUUACCUUAGAUGCUAACAAGACUGACAUUGUUAUUAAAUUGCAUGCCAAUGAUCAAGAUCACGGAGCAAAUGGUCAAGUUAAGUAUUCUAUUAUCUCUGGUAAUAACAAAAAACUCUUUCAAAUACAACCAACGACAGGAAUUGUUACUGUUAGUCGAAUCCUAAAUCAGCAAGAUAUUGGUGUCUAUAAUUUAACAAUAUUAGCUAGCGAUGGCGCAGCUAUUGGUACAAGAAACAGUACAACAUUAGUGACCAUCACGAUAUCUAAAAGCCCACAAGCACCAAGAUUUAGUCAACAACAAUAUUUUGGAAGUAUUGCGGAAAAUAGCCGAAUUGGAUCAACGGUGAUGACUAUCGAUGCCAAUAGUUCUACUGCGGAUAAAAUAACCUAUAAAUUGAUCGCCAAUCCAUCACAUCCAUCAGAUGACACUUAUUUUCAAAUUCAUUCAUUAACCGGUAUUAUUGCACUAGCAAAAGAAGUAGAUACAGAAAAACAAGAAAAAUAUUACUUCCAAGUUGAAGCUGAAGAUAAUUACGUUCCACCUAAUCGAGCGAUUGUGCCAGUCAUUGUUACAAUUACAGGAGAAAAUGAAUUUCCACCCAAAUUUGAACAGUCAUCGUAUCUAUUUCAUGUGCUAUCUAAUUUUUCAAAUGGAGAUAUCGUGGGAAAAGUAAUUGCUCAUGACUUCGAUGCUGGUCGAGGUAGUGAAAUUUAUUAUUUUUUUAUGCCAACAAGUGACCGUAUCGGUUACUUGCUAAAUUCUACUUCUGGACAAAUUAUACUGAAUCGA